AUGAUUAUCACGCGCGCCGUUUCCCUUACCAACUUCGUGGUGGCCAGCACAGCCCUGGGCUUCCAGGUGUUUGUGUUGUACCCAUGGCAUAAGGAGCUGGACGAGAGGUUUGAAGAGCUCAAGAAGGAGCACCUGAAAGUCUUGGAUGCCGUGGGAAACGGCAUAAGCGAGCAGCAGCGAAAGACCUUGUCAGACGAGUUGAACGACCUAAAGAGCCGUAUCUUAAUUUCGCCGCUACACUCGCACCGAAAACCGGAGAUACGACUAGAGCCGUUCUAG